AUGAGCCCCAGUAAAAAAAAAAAAAAAAAAAUCUACAAAAAAAAAAAAAAAAAAUUUACAGCAUCGUCGGUGCGAUGGCGUAGUCGUGAGGCGCGCGGGCGCGCACUCGGUGGUCGCGGGUUCGAGGCGCCCAGACCGCAGUCUUCUUUCGGUUUGUUUUAUCUUUAUCCGCCAUUCUACUACAAGAACACUUCAUCAAACCGGAACUCUGGCAAUGUAUCAAGGACGAGUACGAGGGCAAGGUCUUCAUCAGCAAACACUGUCUGACUCUGAUCCCCGCCGACUCGCCCCUGAUCGACGCCGAGAUUUUGCGCACCCACUCGGCACUCGACGGACGAAUCCUGGUCACCUCCUUUCGACUUCGAGGCGACAUCCGGAUACUCGAGAUCAACAACAUUUACGCACCAGUCGAUACAAAACAACGACUCACAUUCUUUGACAAACUACAUUUCCACAGGAUGCAGAGCACCCACCUUCGACUCCUCGGCGGCGAUCUCAACGACUGCCCGCUGCCGGCGAUCGAUCGGCGGAACCAAGGUCGGCACGGCCAUCACUGGCCGAUCCUGAUCGGCAAGCUCGACUCGCCCUACACCGACUGCAUACGAUUCAAACACCCGCUCACACCAUCUUUCACUCGACCCAACAUCGUCCGCAAGCGACCAAAGUCCUUUUCACGACUUGACUACUUCCUUCUGCAGCGCACCCACCAAAAGCGACUCGUCCAAGCCUCGACGAUCUACGACCACCCCAAGGACCUUUCGGAUCACCGACCGGUCUCGAUCGUCCUAGUUCUCUCGGAUGAGCGAGGAGACGCGGCUCAACCCAACAAUAGUUUACCAACGACAUCAAACCAAUUACAUCGUAUCAACGCGGCGACCUUCAAGACGGCGGAGUUCCAGGGGAUGUUGGAAGGAUGGUUGGAAGGAGCGAGUGGGGAGGAACCGGUGGGGGAGCUCGAGGUGGUGCUGGGGAACUGCGCGAAGGAGGGUCGGGAGCUGGCGAGGAGGGAGCAUCGGGAGCGGGUGGAGCGGAUGGCGGUCUUGGUGGGAAGGGUGCAGGAUCUGGAGGCGUUGCCGGUGAUGGGGGACGAGGAGACGGCCGAAUGGACGCGGACGACGGAGGAACUUAGGCGAGCGGUCAACGAGCGCGCGCGCCAACUUCGGAUCCGAGCCCACGUACCCGAAAUCGCUACCGAGGAACGACUGGAGCGGCCGGUCCACGCCAAGCUCGCGGCACGGAGUUCGGAUUCCAAGAUCACAGCACUGCGAUUGCCCAACGGAGAGCUGACACAUGACAUUGACGUCGCGCUUGACCACACACAGGCGCACUUUCAGCGCCUCUACGAUCUCGAGCCGCGCGAUCGGGACCACGUCGAGCGACUUAGGGACGAUUUCUUGGCGCCGAUCAGGUCGGCGCGCACUUGCGAUGACCCGAGCUCGGACCUGCUCUUUCUGCGACGACUCUCGGAAGCGCACAUCGAGCUGCUGCAGCAACCCAUCACCGAGGACGAGGUCGUAGCCGCAAUCGCAACAACACACCCCGGUCGAUCGCCGGGUCCAUCUGGCGUGCCCUACGAGCUCUAUCACACAGCGCCGCGGGCGUGGGCCAAGGCGCUGAGCAGGGCCUUCAACGCGAUGACCGAGCGCGGCUCGCUUUCACCGAAGCAGGGGCAAGGACUCGCUCGCCUGCUCUUCAAGCACCACAAGAUCGGGGCCGAUCGCGCCGAGCUCUCGUCGUACCGGCCCAUCACCUUGCGCGAGUGCGACUACAAGCUCUUCACCAAGGUCUACGUUGCGCGACUCAACCACGUGCUGCCGGACCUGCUCCCACCGCAACAGCACGGCUUCGUCAAGGGCCGCCGAUCGGCGGACGCGUCAUUCCACCUGCGACUCUUGAUCGAGGAGCUGGGCGCGCGCGGCACCGAGUUCCCUGACGCGGCGCUCUUGUCUCUUGACCAAUCGUCGGCUUACGACCUCGUCGAGCACGAAUGGAUCUUCGCCAUCUUCGACGCUCUCGGCGCUCCUGCCGCCUUCCAACGCGUUCUGAGGAUGCUCUACUCGGGUGACUCAACCACGGCGCGAUAUAUCAUCAACGGCUUCUUGACUCCGCCGGUGCGGCUGACGUGUGGGCUCGGCCAAGGGGACCCGGCGUCGUCGUCGGUCUGGGAUGUCGUGUUCCAGCCGUUCCUGGAUGCUCUGCACCGUCGAGGCAUCGCGCUGAACCUCUCGCUUCCUACCAUUCACCCCUACCCACAGAGCCGCGCCAUUACAUCCCUUGCGUUUGCCGAUGACGUCGUCGUCGCCGUCGCGGGCUCGGAGUCACUCAACUUGCUCGACGACCUGGCGCUCGACUGGAGGCUCGCAACCAAUGGCCGGCUCAACACCGACAAGACUGUCGUACUACCCAUUGGGUGUCGCUGGGAGGCUGGCGAUCGUCCGCUCGUCGUCAAGGCCGAGGGCGAGUCGCUCGAGUGGAUCGGCCUAUCUUUCGACCCCACCGGCAACACCGAACUCACCAACGUGAAUCUCGUCGCACGGCUCGAAGCGGUGCUCGAUUCGGCACGGGACCGAGGGCUCACACACCACACCCGAGCGUUCUACGUCAACCGAUACGCCAUUCCCAAGAUUCUGCACAUCCUCUCCGCCGACAUCCCACCGCUCGAGGUCGUCAAGGAGCUUGAUCGCAUUCUCGUCGACUUUGUCCGCGGCGGCAAGAGGAGGUCGUGCUAUGGCAAGGACGUUGUCUUCACACCGAGGUUCAAGGGGGGUCUUGGGGUCAUGCGGAUGCAGGACGUCGUCGACUCGGUUGCGGCACGCGUCUGGGACGUGCUUCUUGGCGGUUCGGAUGCGAUCUGGCAGGGACUUGCGCGGGCGGCGAUUGUACGAGCCCAUCCCGCCCCCGACUUUGACUUGGCAACCGAUGCGUGGCCUUGCGACUACACUCCGAUCCGAACCGAUCUACACCCAAGAUGGCAGGCCGUGCUGAAGGUACCAUCUACGCACAAUGCGCAAGUCAAGCCGAGGACGUUGACGCUCGCGAACCUUCUCGCUCUUCCGAUCAAGUUGCACACCCUUCACUACCUACCGGGAACACCAGCUGUGUCGCGACCACCCUACGACGCCGACUAUGCUGCGUUUGCCAUUUACGCCAAGGUAGCGGACCUGUUUCGACGCGAGCUGUACCCGGGCGGGGGCUUUCAUCUCUGGACGCCGCCGACGGAUGUGGUCGUCAGCAACAGCGAAUACGAUCAACGGGGCCGCCCACAACGAGAGCACAUCGUGGCAUGGUACCGACAUGCGAUCAAUCGAUUGAGGUUCACACCAAUAGCUCAACCGGUGGCGGCAGUACGAAUCAACGGGCCUCCCCGAGUCCGCCCCACCACGCCGCUCGAGUCGAUCCUGCCCCAUCCGAUCGACCCGCCGCAGCGCCUUCCGAGACCGGCUCUCCCAGACCAAUCAACACAAUACAACUUGCUCAGCAUGGAUCGGCCAUACACCAUCCGUCGCGUCCGCCGAGUCUUGAAUGCAAAGGCCUUCACCGACACGAUCGGUUUCAGGGACUCGCUGCAGCCCGACGAUCUCAAGGGAUUCUGGAAGGGGGUCAACUCGAAGGCAUUGACGGCGAGGGAACGCGAGGUGUGGUUCAAGCUCGUCAGGAACUUCACCCCGACUCGGAGUCUGCAGUUUCAUCAAAAGCACGACGACUCGCCCGCGUGCCUCGUCUGUGGAGCGCCCAAGGACGAUCGGGAGCACUACUUCUUCGACUGCGUUGACUCUAGGAACGUUUGGAUCGCGGCAAGGGGCGUGCUCUGCGACGCACUGGGGCUCGACACGAUCGACAACACGCAUUACACGGCCGUUCAACGCAUGUUCGGACUUCCGAAGCUCAAGGCCAGUCUGCGCGAUCAGGAAGGAGCGGGGAGGACGAUCGAAAUAUUCACCGGGCUGGUCUUGGAGAUGAUCAGCAGCGGGAGGUGGGGGAUGCAGAAGUGGGGGACGAGGCUGGAGGGUGUUGGGAGGAGGAGGAUCAUCUUGGAGGAGAGGUUGAAGCUGAGGGCGGGAGGAGCUUGGGGGAGGAGAGGGCAGUAG